CAGUGAGGAUGAGGUGAGGAAGAGGCUUCCCCUUUACCAGUUACCAGCACAACAGCGCAACUUUUGAGCUCUCGUCAACAUCUCUAACAAUAACAGAAGUUGUCAGACAGUAGUCAAGAACAAACGAGAGAGCAGUGCCUCGACGAUAGAGCCUUCAAGCAUAUGUGGAAGGUCCAAGAUGGUUCAAGACAAUGCUCACAUUCGGGGGCAGGGUGCCCAGGACUUUUUGGCAUACUAUGAAUUUGCCUGUGCCAGACAGGAUUCAGUACCUCUACCUUCUGUGAAAAUGAACCUUGUCAAAGGAAUGCUGGACUUUAAUGGAGACAGAUUCAAACUCUCUGACUGGCCACCAAUUUUAAACUCUAUUUGCAUCAACAAACACUUACACCAUAUUGCAAUAAGUAGCACAUACCAAGCUAGUCUGGCUUCUGGAGAUGCAGACAAAAGGUUCUAUAAGUCUUGUCCGGGGAAGAGGAUCCCAGCCGUUCGCUCUAAGGACAUGACAUUUAAGUUGUGCAAGGCCCUGAGAGAGUGUCUGACUAUCUCUCCUAACCUAAAGACUCUGCAGCUCAAUGGACUUCCGCUGAAAGAAAGGGACCUCAUCACAUUGACAAAGGGUUUUGCUAAAAGUGUUUCCUUGGAAAACCUAUCUCUGGCUAACUGUCCAAUCUCUGAUGAAGGCUUAGAGGUUAUUUGCCAAAGUGUGAAGUAUUCUACAAGCAUCAGGACGGUAGAUUUUACCGGAUGUAAUCUCACCUGGAGAGGGGCAGAGCAUAUGGCCAACAUCAUUAAGCAUCAGGGAAUGCAGAGACAUGGUACAGCUUGGGCAGAGUCUCUGAGGUAUCGACAGCCUCAGUUUGAGGGAAUGGGAGGUCUCCGCCGUGUCACACUGAACUGUAACACCUUGAUCGGGGACCGGGGGGGCGCUGCUCUUGCACAUGAACUGGCAGAGGACCUCUGGGUUAAAGCUGUUGACCUACAGAGGUGUGGUCUGUCCAACGAAGGGGCUCGUCGUUUGCUGGAAGCCUUGAAAACAAAUUCUACCCUUUGUGUGCUGGAUAUCCGUAGUAACCCUUUAAUUGACAAGGUUCUAAUCAAAACUGUACUAGAGAAAGUACUGAUGAAUGCUGACGGACAGGCUUCAGAGUACUGCUGGAUCAAGCCUGCAGCCUCAGAGCCACAGAGAGUGUCUGCUCCAAAGAGGCGAGCUCUACCCAGUACAGCCAGAGGGAAAACUACAUUUAGGAUAGCCCCUCGUAAAGGAACAUCUCCCAGGGGACGGGGUUCAGGCGCUGCUCCGACACAGAAGCCUUAUUCUCGCUCCGGAUGUGUGCCUUGGCGAGCUGCUGCACGAGCUGAACGCCAGAGAGGUCUUCCUCCUGGAGUUUGUGUGAUGGAUCAAAGCUUUCAGGGUGCAGCUACUGUGAAGGUAACUAUGGAGACGGAUUCAGAGGAAGAUGACUAUGAGGAAGCUGAAGAUGAAGAAGUUGUGGUGGAAGUGGAGCAAAGACCAUCUGCUCCUCAUCUCCAGGACAGGAUCACGGAGCGGAAGUUUAACCAUUUACAGAUGGAGCUAAAAGAGUGUCGUCUGAGGCUGGCAGAGGAGCGCAGAGCCAGGCUGAGAGCUGAGUCAAGGCUCAUGGAGUUCGAGUUGGACAACGCCCGUCUUCGUGAUACCAACCUCUCUCUGUCAGCGGCGCUUGCAGCCACCGGCUCUGCAUCAGCACCAGCGGCUCUCAGUGCUCUUGAAGAUGAGGCAGUCCUUGAGAGCAUCGAGAGCUCCUUCACAAAGUUCCAUGCUUUCCUGGAUCUCCUCAAGGAUGCUGGUCUCGGCCAAUUAGCCUCAAUGGCUGGAAUUGACAAGUCAGACUUCCAUCCUCCAGGAAGACCUCAGCUCUCCUCUACCUUAGGACGAGGGGAGUAUGGGGAUUGUCAGGAAAAGACUGAUGCUCCCUCUUUGGUAGACGUACGCAUCCCACCUGCUCCUCAUGUUACUCUGCCUGAGAUCACGGGGCUCAGAUCUCCAUCCUCUGUCAGGGAGUUUUUGCGUGAAGACAGGCUACAAGAUGUGGUUUCCCAUCAGGCCUCUGAACCUGCAGAAGACCCUGGUUUCAGAGAAGAAGAGGAACCAGAUCAUUUUUCAAAGCCCGACACCCAGCAUGACUCAGGUUCUGAGCACAGUUUCCGUAGCCAAAAAUCCUUCGAUGGGGUUUCUUUUGGCAAACCCUUUCAGUCCAGCCAUCCUAAGAGCAACAGCAACUCUCACAGAAGCAACGGCUCCCAUGGAUACAGCUAUGCACAGAGUCACUCUUUCCAUAGCAACGGCUCUCAUGGUGGAUUGUCCGUACGCUCAAGUGUCAGUGACAUUAUUAGUGACAAGGCAGACUCUGUGGAAUUAGUGAGGUCGGGCAAAAGGGGAGAGGGAAGGCUACUGUCAGCCGGUGACUCGGGGUCAGAGUGGAAGGUCCGGGCUCUGGGCCGCCUCGGGGGGCCCUCAGAUGAUGAGUCCUUCUGAUCCACUAACCAGAGAAAUGAAAACCUCUGCUUCUUUCUGUUACUUAUGUAUGAUGUAAAUAUACUUCUCAUGCUUUUUUGGAAUACUUUUUGUUUUGAAUCUUUGGAAGAAGCAAGACCGUAGUUUAUACAUCUUUAGGUCUGCAUAACAACUCAUUUAAACAUCUUGUUGCAUUCUAGCCAAAGCACAGGUAGUUGAAUAUCCUACCAAAUUAAAAUGUGUUACUAAUUGAAACACACAAAAAAAUGCAAUGUAUAGUUUUGUAAAUUGAUUGGCACUUAGUGAUAUCUACAGUUAAAAAAGUUGGAAUUCCGUAGAAUGUAAAGAAAAUAUUUGGGUUUCCAAAAUCAGUCCACUUCAAUCAAGUCUCCAGUUGUAUUUUCACAUGAAAUACCUCCUAAUGUCAUUCAUGUGGGAACCCAUCAAAACUCAGGAAAAUAAUCUUAAAAUGCCAUUUCAUGGGAGCUUUCAGUAAAUAAAUAUUUUGUUUCAUGUG